AGCCACAAGACAUUGUCCAGACCAUCCUCACUAACACUACUUAGUUGAGUUUAAGGCUCAUCUUAUUUGUAUUAAGCAUUUUUCUUUGGAAUAAUGGGUGAUACUCCAGGAAGCUCAAUGCAUGGGGUGACAGGCAGAGAGCCUGUUCUGUCUUUCGCGGUCGCUUCACCCAUGGUACCCACUGAUACCACAGCAAAAUUUGAUCUACCAGUGGAUUCUGAGCACAAGGCCAAAGUGUUCAAGCUUUUCUCCUUGGCCAAUCCUCACAUGAGGACUUUUCACCUGUCCUGGAUCUCUUUUUUUACCUGUUUCGUGUCCACAUUUGCUGCGGCUCCCCUAGUCCCAAUCAUUCGGGACAAUCUCAACCUGACAAAAGGGGAUGUUGGUAAUGCUGGAGUGGCUUCAGUGUCUGGCAGCAUUUUCUCUAGGCUUGUAAUGGGAGCUGUUUGUGAUCUUUUGGGGCCACGCUAUGGCUGUGCAUUUGUCAUUAUGCUGACAGCUCCCACUGUGUUUUGUAUGUCAUUCGUGUCAGAUGCCAGCGGAUACAUAGCUGUGAGGUUCAUGAUUGGCUUCUCCCUCGCGACAUUUGUGACGUGUCAGUACUGGAUGAGCACCAUGUUCAAUGGUAAGAUUAUAGGCACUGUGAACGGGACUGCAGCUGGAUGGGGGAACAUGGGAGGAGGAGCUACGCAGUUGAUCAUGCCUGUGCUCUACAGCGUUAUCCAGAAUGUAGGAGCAACUCCAUUCACUGCCUGGAGGAUCGCGUUCUUUAUCCCUGGCUGGCUUCAUGUGAUUAUGGGGAUCUUGGUGUUAACACUUGGUCAGGACUUGCCCGAUGGCAACCUUGGCGCAUUACAGAAGACGGGUAAUGUUUCAAAAGAUAAAUUUUCCAAGGUGUUCUGGUAUGCUGUCACCAAUUACAGGACAUGGAUAUUUGUGUUGCUCUAUGGAUAUUCUAUGGGUGUGGAACUGUCCACUGACAAUGUCAUUGCUGAGUACUUCUUUGACAGAUUUGACCUAAAGCUCCAAACUGCUGGCAUUAUUGCUGCUACAUUUGGCAUGGCUAAUCUUGUGGCUCGCCCCUUUGGUGGAUACGCUUCUGAUAUGGCAGCGCGAAGGUUUGGCAUGAGGGGAAGGCUGUGGACUCUUUGGAUCCUACAGACUUUAGGAGGCAUUUUCUGCAUCCUCCUUGGCCGUGCUAAUUCCCUUCCCAUUGCUGUAACAAUGAUGAUUAUCUUUUCCGUUGGAGCACAAGCUGCAUGUGGAGCCACAUUUGGCAUCAUUCCCUUCAUAUCACGUCGAUCAUUAGGCAUCAUCUCGGGCAUGACAGGUGCUGGAGGGAACUUCGGGUCAGGAUUGACACAGCUCUUGUUCUUUACAAGUUCAUCGAUAUCAACAGCAACGGGUUUAACUUACAUGGGGAUUAUGAUUGUGGCCUGUACCAUGCCUGUGACACUUGUUCAUUUUCCGCAAUGGGGUAGCAUGUUCCUUCCACCUUCAAGAGAUAUUGUUAAAGGCAGUGAAGAAAAUUACUAUGUUUCUGAGUGGACUGAAGAGGAGAAGCAGAAGGGCAUGCACCAGGGAAGUGUUAAAUUUGCAGAGAACAGCCGGUCAGAGCGCGGCCGUCGUGUGGCUUCUGCACCAACUCCUCCUAAUGCUACCCCAGACCAUGUUUGAUAGAUAUUACCACAGUGACUGUGAUUUGCAAGUCGAGAGUUUGAUUUAUUAGUUUACUAGAGCCAUUAUGGCAUUAUAAGGCAAGAGUUUCUACACUCUGCAACCUUUCCCAGCUUCUGCUACUUGUUCUAACUUCUACCUGCCUGAUUAGUGAUAAGAUAUAGAAAAGUGUAUCAAAAAUGUUUUAAUUCAGACUUGUUCGCCGGUUUUCAA